AUGGAAUGGUUCUUGGAGCAGUUGAGACUCGAGCGUGAAUGGGCUAAGCUAUAUCCAUUCGCCUUGUCCCCAAUUGUCCAGUCCGGAAUCACCUUCAUAAUGAAAUGGUCCCCAUUCCCUGUCGAAUCGGGAAACAUGAAAACCCUCAUCAUCACCAACAAGUUCCUAAACGGGAUAAUUCGAGGGCAAGAACGACAUCAGAAAAAGCAACUGCUUCUUUGCAACCCGUGGCCAAAUCCUGACAAUAUGCCGAACCUCGACCUUCCGCAAUCAACCCAACUCAACCCCAACCUGCCCUCAGUGUUUGAGUGCCCUAAAGAGAACCUCAGAGAGAUCUUCAGGAGCUUCUAUAACCAGGUCUUCUAUAUCCGCGCCGCAGAUAUAUAUGCUGUGAAAGGUCGUAGUCAUUAUGGGAAUCUUGUCUACACCCGUGGCAUGAACCCAGGCAAUGCCAGGCUGACGUCUCAAGUGGGAUGUGAAGUUGUUUUCCCGGAAACAUCUCCCACAACCCAAAGUGUCUGCCGACUCCAAGUCUACGAGAUAUCGCGCGAAGCACCAAAUACCGUAAGCCAUAUUGGCUCUUUAGAAAACAGAAACAUGGGGCAGACUCCGGUGCCGUUUUUGAACCCAGCCGAGCUCGCGGACCGCUACGUCCAGAACCACCCUUAUUGGCGCCAGCAGGCCAACUCAGGGUCAGUUCGAGCCCCUUGGCAACUGGUGGAUUUUGGAACAAGCAACGCAUCGGAGGAUCCUCCAGGGGAACAAUUGAAGAUGCUUGCGCAAGUUGAAUUUCUUAGAAAUGGAAACGAACCAGAAUCGCCGGCAGCCUACAAUACCGCAAAAGGAGGCAAUCUUCAAUGGGUUUCUCAACCUACGUACCUCCUCAUGUCACACCCUCCUCAGCUGUUGCUACACACUCACAUCAGCCCUGAGCCAAGCUUCGCCCCCAACUUCGGCAACAGGCUCCAAGCUUCUCGAACUGAACCGCCCGGCCUCACCUUUUGGCGGAUACUUCAGGAAGCAAGAGGACGGCAGAUGGACCAGCAAGCCCAAACAGUGGAAUCUAGAAACACUCUAACGCAGUUUUCACAGUACAGUUCCGGGACCACUAUAAUCACUAACCCUAUCAAUUUUCUGUCCAACACCUAA